AUGCCUCCAGUAGCCUAUUUUGUUUUGAAUCUUCUGCUCUUUGCUCCCUGCGUCCUAUCACAAGAUGGAUCAUCGGAGUUAUUGUUGGAGAAGCACUCUCUCUCCGGCCUCAACUCUCGGCUACGAGUACGAUGCACUGAUGACAACUUGAGGUUGUAUUCGAAUGCCACAGCUUGUGCUGAUGAGAGGGAACCAGAAUCCUGCAAGAUGAUCUUCUCAGUGCCCUGGAGUAAUUCCCCUGCGGGCAGAGACCCCAAAUGUGACAAUCCACUGCUCAAAGAUCUGGCCGAUCAAUGUCGUCAUAGCUGCGCCAUCUGUUGCGAAGAUGAGACCUACUCAUGUCAGAAUGAUGACAGUCAGUUUUUUUUGCCAAUUUUUGUUUUCAAAUACCAAAAAUUUAUGACUAUGGUAUAAUAAAAUUUAGGUGGUAUUGUAAACUGCGAGCAGAACGUCGAAAAAUGUGGCAUGCCCGAAUUCUCCACGAUGAUGAUCAAGUUCUGCCCCGCCACUUGUGGUCUCUGCUUGACCAAGCGAUGCCGCGAUCAGAUUCACGACUGUGAAUCGAUGAAAUCCUUGUGUACGAAUGAGUUGUAUGCCGUCUUCAUGGAACAUCAAUGUGCUCGGACCUGCGGUAAAUGUAAGACUGAUGAGGAAGAAGAGGAACCAGAAGAGGAGCCCGAGGAAGAAGAGGAGGAAGAAGCGCCGGCACCCACCAGGAAAACUCAAGGUAAUAUUUUCUUCUCAAUUUGAAAAAAAAAACUUUCAAAUUGAAACGCGCUUUUCUGCAGGAUCAGGCUCGGGCUCAGCUGGAACGGGAUCCGGAAAGGAAUGCGUCGAUCUGAUGAAGAACUGCGCCCGGAAUAAGAAGUUCUGUCAUCACCCCAGCUACAGAGAGAUGAUGAAAAAGAACUGUGCAAAGACCUGCGGGUUCUGCAAAGUGCCUGGAGGCAGUACUGGAGGGUCAAGUAAGAAGAGUUCCAGUGGUGCAAGUGGAGGUGCCAGCAGAGCUUUGCAACGAGAAUGCAGGGACACGCAUCCAUUGUAAGUACAUUACCUUCGAUUUCACCCUAAAAGGCAUUAAACAAUCAUGAAGAUGAUGAUGUUAACUUAAGAUAGCCUCUAAAAUUCCUGGUUGAAUUGCUUGGUCUGACUCAUUAUCCAGUUCAACCUUUAACUUCAUUUGUUUGCGUUUCUUGACCCCAUGAGGGGCUCAAAAGCAAUGCGAAUCGCACGCAAAACUCAUCUAAAUUAACGAUCACCCCUAUUUUUAGCUGCAAAGGAUGGGCCGCGAACGGAUAUUGUGAGUCAGACGAUUACACCGAGGAAGAAAAGCGAGACAAAUGCGCCAAGACAUGCGGACUCUGCUGA